UUCAUUUUAUAUAAAAUAGCACUGUCUCAGAUUUCUCGUUCUCUUUUCUCUGGAAAAACAUUUCCCACCAUGUGAUUUCCUUGAUUCGAUUCUGUUCUCCUCAUUCAUGCUGACAAUGGCUUUCCCCUAUUCCUCUUUUCCUUUCCUUCCCAUUUCCUAUUUUCCUUAGUGGGUUGUUUCCAUCUUUCUCCUUUGUUUAAUUUGAAGAUCUACUGUUAGAUUUUCUUGUCCCUGAAAAUCCAUUCCAUUUUCCCGGAAAAUCUUCUUUCUUUGCUGUUGUUUUCCAUUUUCUUCACCGAAUUCCCAGUUUGGUUUUCCUUUCUACGUAAUUACUUUGUGAAAGUCGUCUCCAUUGGGUUUUCUUUAUUCCUUUUCGGAAUUUCAAGUUCAUAUUUUUCCUAAAAUGGAAAAGGAUAAAUCUCCAUGUUUACCGCCAAUGUCAGGUCGAGUUCCGGGGUUUUCAUCUUCCGGAAAUGCUGCAAGCACUUCAAAUGCGAUAUCUGAAACGGGAAAUUUUGGUCAAACUUCGGAUUCGAAUAGUUUUAGUCACGAUAUAAGCAAAAUGCCUGAUAAUCCACCGAAGAAUUUAGGUCACCGCCGUGCCCAUUCCGAAAUCAUAACUCUUCCUGAUGAUAUUAACUUCGACGGUGAUCUCGGCGUCGUUGGGGCAGCCGACGGGCCUUCCUAUUCCGAUGAAACGGAGGACGAUAUGUUGUCUAUGUAUCUCGAUAUCGAUAAGUUCAAUUCUUCUUCCGUCACCUCAAUGUUUCAGGUUGGCAAGUCGUUGACAACGACUGCUCCAAAUUCUGGUCCAUCGGCUGCGGUGAGUAUGGGAGCAGGUACGGCAACGUCCGGUGAGGAAAAUGCGAGUGUUGGUGUUGGGUCUUCUGAGAAGCCUAGAAUUAGGCACCAACAUAGCCAGUCGAUGGAUGGGUCGACAAGUAUUAAGCCCGAAAUGCUCCUCUCUGGUUCGGAUGAGGUUACGCCUGCUGAUUCUAAGAAAGCAAUGUCCGCUGCUAAGCUUGCUGAGCUUGCUCUUAUUGAUCCCAAGCGUGCUAAGAGGAUCUGGGCGAAUAGGCAGUCUGCUGCGAGGUCAAAGGAAAGAAAGAUGCGGUAUAUAGCUGAGCUUGAACGGAAAAUACAGACAUUGCAAACAGAAGCAACGUCGCUCGCUGCUCAGCUGACUCUACUACAGAGAGACUCCAGUGGUAUGAGUGCUGAAAAUAGUGAGUUGAAACUGCGGUUACAAACAAUGGAGCAACAGGUUUACUUGCAAGAUUCAUUGAACGAUGCACUGAAAGAAGAAAUCCAGCAUCUGAAGGUGCUGACUGCCCAACCUAUGCCAAAUGGUGGACCAAUGAUGAACUUUGCAUCUUUUGGAGCUAGUCAGCAAUACAUCCCAAAUAAUCAUGCUAUGCAGGCUGUUCUAACGGCCCAGCAGUUCCAGCAACUACAGAUUCAAUUGCAAAAGCAUCAGCAUCAGUUCCCACCGCAUCAACUGCAUCAACUUCAGCAGCAACUUCAGCUGCAACAAGAGCUCCAACAGCAAGCUGGGGAGAUGAGAGUUAGAGGAUCCAUGCCUUCCCCCAACCGAAGAGAUGGUCCAUCUUCAUCAGAUGUCAGCUCAACGGCAUCAAAUGAUUGAGGAGUUAAAGGUCCGUAGGGCCAGUUUGAAGGGCCGAGCUGCUGUUGAGGCGUUAGAUAGGGAAGAACUUGUCGUGCGAGCUUUAUUCGCUUAUGAUGCUUACAAAGUUCCUAUAUGAAUUUUGCAGGGCACAAUGCUUUUGUUUAUGUCUAGUUUUUAUGACUAUUGUAGUAUUGUUUAAGCUUGUCUUGUAAGUGUUUGACAACAUUGUUUAGUUGCCCAUCUGCCUUACCCGAGUAAAGAAAACGGGCUAGUUUGAACUUUGAACAAAUUACAUUGAACCCAAUUCAUAUUUUUUUGAAUCAAAGUUGAUAAUGUGCAUCUCUAACAUUAAA